UUACAGUUUUGUGCCGUGUAGUGAGUGUACUUGUAGUACCCAAGUAACAACGUAGUAGGUACCUACCGGCUAUAAUAUCUGUGAAUUGUAUUUUUAAAAUUAAAACCUACCAAAAAAUAAAAACUAUAACUGCAAAACUAAGUUUACCCUAGUAAAAUACAAGAGAUAGUGUUCUUUUUAAUAUUUCUUAUACAUACCGACCUAGUGAAACUAUUAUCUGUUAUUUUUUGUUACCUGCAAUGGCUGUAUUAUAUAAAGCAUACUCAAGUCCACCAGUUAGAUGUGUAAUGAUGGUUGCAGAUAUAUUAAACAUUAAGUAUGAAUCACAAGAAAUAAACCCUUUACUACGAGAGCAGGACUCACCAGAAAUGACUAAAAAAAAUCCAAUGAGAACAAUACCUACAUGGGAAGAAGAUAACUUUGUUUUAGGAGACAGUCAUGCAAUAAUCCUGUAUUUAUUUGAUAAAUAUGCUAAACCUGAACAUUAUUAUCUUUAUCCAAAAGACAAACAGAUAAGAGCCAAAGUCAAUUUACGAUUGUUCUUUGACUGUGGAGUUUUGUUUCCUAGGCUACGGUCAGUGAUGGCACCGACAUAUAUGGGCAGAUUGACUGAAAUGUCUAACUCUAUGAGAAAAAACAUAGACGAUUCAUACAGAGUCCUUGAGGCUUAUCUCUCGGAUACUGUAUACCUUGCGGAUGACGUCAUCACAUUGGCUGAUAUAAGUGUGGUGUCAACAUUGGCAACUCUUAAUGGCCUUCGACCCAUCGACAGAUUCCCAAAACUCAAAAGAUGGUAUGACAAAAUGUGUGAAGAGGAUUUUGUCAGAAGAAUAAAUAUGCCAGGUGCUCAAGAACAUAUAGAAGGCCUCCUUACUUUAAUGGAAAUGAACAAAUCCAAGCUUAAGUCUCACAUUUAAUGUUGGUAAUGCAUCAUACAACAAGCUAAGAAGUAGCUAACUAGAAGUCCUUUGGGGUUGGUAGAACAUGAAUAUUUUUUCAUUAAUUAAAUUUGGAGUAACUUCCUCCAUUAUAUUAUAGGGUGAUGUGAUAAUCAUUUUGAUGUAUGAAACUUGUUAAACUGUUUUGUUUCUGGUGUGUUAUGUACCAUAAAAUACUGACAAAAUAAAACUUUACUCAAAUUGUUAUAUUAUAAAUAAAGUUUUGUUAUUAUUUACAAUUUAUUAAAUUAUUAUUUAAAAUUUA